AUGAAACAUGGAACUCUGCAGAACCGUGUCAUGUAUAACCAGAGCGUUAAACCGUCGAGACCACAAGGGGAUGAAGGUGAAAUAGGAGAUAGAGGAGAAGUGGGCAAACAAGGAAAGGUUGGACCAAAAGGACCAAAAGGAAACAAAGGACCUGUCGGGGAUGUUGGUGACCAGGGAAUGCUUGGGAAAAUUGGUCCAAUUGGUGGAAAGGGUGACAAAGGAGCCAAAGGCUUAUCAGGAGUCUCUGGAAAAAAGGGAAAAGCAGGCACAGUCUGUGACUGUGGAAGAUACCGCAGAGUCGUGGGACAACUGAAUAUCAAUGUUGCUCGUCUUAACACGUCCAUCAAGUUUCUGAAGAAUGUUAUAGCAGGUAUCAGGGAGACAGACGAGAAAUUCUAUUACAUCGUGAAAGAAGAGAAGAAUUACAGAGAAGCCUUGAUCCACUGCAGGGACAGAGGAGGAACACUGGCCAUGCCAAAAGAUGAGGCGACCAACACCCUGAUUGCUGACUACAUCUCUAACAGCGGCCUCUUCCGAGCCUUCAUUGGGCUGAACGACAUGGAAAGAGAAGGACAGUUUGUGUAUGCAGACAACAGCCCGCUGCAAAACUACAGUAACUGGAAGGAAGGGGAGCCUCAUGACCCAGCUGGCCAUGAGGACUGCGUGGAAAUGCUCAGUACGGGAGAGUGGAACGACUCUGAGUGCCAAGUCACCAUCUACUUUGUCUGUGAAUUCCUCAAGAAGAGGAAAUAA